UCAGCAGAACUGGCUAGUUCUAUAUAAAGCUGCCCUGAGUAGUACAGCAAACUGAAGCUGCACCGUCCUUCCAUGCACACUCCCAUGGCGAGCUCCACUUGCCACCUGGCCAUUCCAGUUUUUCUAGCGUGCUUCUUCCUCCUCCCGCUCACCCACGCAAGGCUUCUCCUUGCCGACGACAAGAACACCGUCAACGACAGCAAAUCCUUUUCCAUCAGAGCCGGCAGCGGGGAGGGUGGCGGCCGCGGUUUCGGCGUGAGCAUCGGCCAUGGCGGGCACGACACGUCGAUCGGCAUCGGCGGUGGGUUCGGAGGCGGAGCUGGCACCACCCGUGGCGGCGGCGCGAGCGUUGGCGGCGGAGCCGGCGCUGGUGUCGGCAUCGACGUAGGACGUGGCGGGGUCGAUGUUGGGAUCGGCGCGGGUGGAGGCGGCGCGGUCAGCGCCGGCGGUGUCCACGCCGGAGGCGGCGGUGGAGGCGGUGUCGGUGUCCACAUAGGCCAUGGUGGCGUGAGUGUUGGCACGGGCGGCGGCGGCGGUGGCGGCGUGGGUGUGGGUGGCGGAGACGGUGGCGGUGGUUCCGGCGGUGGCAGUGGUGUUGGACGUUCCGGCAACGCGGUAGGGGGCGGUGGAGGGUAUGGAGAUGCGAGGGGUAGUAGCGGAGGUGGAGCGGGCAGUGGAGUUGGGUCAGCUGGCGGAGCUGUUGGGGGCGGCUCCGGAUCAGGCGGUGGUGGCCAAGGUUGAAGGAGUUCUUUUGUCUAUCUUAUUGACUCAACGGGUAUGCGUCAUGGGGUGAAACUGGUUAUGUUACUGAUUGCAAUUGAUAAUGAACUAAAAACUCCAAAGGGGUAGAUAUACUGAAUCUAAGAUGGACAUGCAUGUAUAUUGAGAUAUGAAAGUUACGAUGUUUGUGCAUCUAGUAGCAUGCCAUUUCUUUAUGGCAGCAUCAUGUAUGUGUUGGUAAGCUUGGGAUGUACUGCAAAGUACUUAUUAACAAUUGUAAUAUAUCUGCAUGUUGCAUUGCUGAAUGAAUGAAACAUGUACGGUGUAUUAUUGGUAUA